AUGGAAAGAAAAAGACUAGUCCUCUCGACAUCAGCCAAACUGUCAGAGGAAAUGCUUUACAUCUAAGCAAGAGAUUGAGCUCUCAGUCUCAUCAGAGAGGGGAAAGCAAUGGAGAUCUCCGCCUUGUUUCUGGCCUCACUCUCUCUCUUCCUCUUCUCCCAAGCCUCAGCUGAAGAUGUUACAAACAAUCCCGCGGAUCAGCUAGUAGCUGCCCUCAACUCCAAUCGAACCGCCCACAAAUCCACCUCCCUCUACGCCAACCCCGGCCUUGGCUGCCUUGCCCUCGAGUACAUCAAAGCCUAUAGCGGCCAAUGUGACAAAGUCGGUGACAACAUGAAACCUCCUGACUCUGAUUUUACCAACACCUUCGCCCCCAACUGCGGCGUUGAUGCCAAGUCCCUCUCCCCUAUCACUGGCCGCCUCCUUGUCUGCCAGUCUAAGUACGUUCAACCUAAUGAGGCCUUCGAUUUACUAAUCAGAAAUGAUCGAAGCUUGCAAAUACUCUAUGAUAAGAACCACACUGAGGUAGGGGCGGCAGUCAGGGGAACGGAUGGAGGAGCGCCGUACUUUUGGUCGGUGUUGUUUAGUGGUGGGAAGAAGAAUGCGAGUUUUGUGUUUGCAGAUGGGACGCCGAAGGUGGUUAGGCCUGGGUGUUACAGUGGUGCGAACGACGAGUGUAGCGGUGCAAGUGGUGGUCAGAUGCAGGGAGGAGUGUGGGUUUCGGUUGUGGCCGGAGUUUUGAGUGUGGUGGUUUGUGUUGUUUUUGGACUCUGAGGGAUUUGGUGCAAAGGGUGUAGGAAAAAACACCAAGUAUUUGGUUGUGUGAGUUAUUCAAUGGAAGUGUUGACUUCGCAAUUCAAUUCGUUUUGAUUGUUGGUUUUUUAAGAUUCUAUAUUGUGAUGCUAUCUUUGUGUAACUGCAUCAAAUGUUGCUUUUUCGUUGUUCAGGAAUUAAAAUUUGGCAGCAUUUGAUGCCCUUCUUCAAUCAAUUUCUUGUGUUUGAUUAGCA